UGGUAUUUCCCUUCGCUACCGGUGCUGUCACACUGAACACAACAAAUAUAGUCAAAAUUCGAAGGGAUAAUUCAAGUUAUAUAUAGCACCGACUUUCAGCGAAAUGGAGAAACUAAGCAAAGCCAAGAAGGUGGCGCGCGAGGAGAAGCAGCGCGACCAGAAGCUCGAGGAGCUGGUGCUAAAGUCCCUCGAGGAGUGCCCCUCCACCGAGGACAAGGUGAAGUUUCUGCUGCAGCGCCAUGUGGACAGCGAGAAGAAUGUCAGCCGGCUGACAUCGGACCUCCGGGUGCUGCAGCGCCAAAUGGAGAGCCAGCAGCGGGAGAAGGAGCAGAUGCAGCGCGACCUUAACAAGAGCGUCCUCAUGCGCGACAAGCUGCAGGAGGUGUGCCGCGAACAGCAGCGCAUCAUCAAGUCGGUGAAGAACGAGAGCCUGCUCCAGAUCAAGGUCGAGGAGGAGCGACGCAAGGAGAGCCAGACCAAGUUUCAGUCCUCGCUCAGCGAGGUCCAGAAGUCGCUGGCCAAGAACAACGAGGAGAACAUGAAGUUGCGCGAUUACAACAUCGAGAUGACCAAAAAGUUAAAGCUGCUGGCCGAACAGUACCAGACGCGGGAGCAGCACCUGGAGAAGCUCAACGAACAGGUGCAGCUUGAGUCGCAGCUGCACCAGGCCAAGCUCAGCAAGGCCCAGGUGGAGGCGGCCAUGGAGAAGGAGAUACUUAAGAAGGAGAACCAAAUUGGCUUGGAGAAGCUGCUGCAGGCGCAGCGAGCCAUCAAAGAUCUCACCGAACGGGAACACCAGCUGAAGGAGCAGCUAAACAUUUACACGGCCAAGUACGAUGACUUCCAGCAGUCUCUGCAGAAGUCCAACGAGGUCUUUGGCAGCUACAAACAGGAGCUGGAGAAGAUGUCCAAGCACACAAAGAAGAUUGAAAAAGAGGCUCUGGGCUGGCGUCAGAAGUACGAGAAGGCCAAUGCCAUGGUUAUUGAUCUGGCCACCGAGAAGCAGGUGCAAACCCAGCACUCUGAUCGUCUGCAAAAACAGAUCCAGCAGCUGCAGAAGCUACUCCGUGCCCUCCAGCAGGAGCGCACUGCGCUGCACAAGGCCCUCAGAGAUAAUGAGAUUGAAAUCCCAGCUCUGCCCCAGUUGCCGCCCGAACCAGAGCCGGUGGUCGUAAAGCCCGCCAGUGCGGAUACGGCCAAGAUGGAAAUGAUGACACGGAACUGCGCGGAACUCAAGCAGACACUGGCCAACCUCCAGAGUCAAAUGAAACUGCUCACAACCACCGAAUCGAAAGCAGCCACCGAGGAGAAGAACAAGGCUGCCGCCGCCGAGGAGCAGCGGCAGGCGAACAAUGCCAAGAAGAAUAGGCUGAAGAAGGAGAAGAAAUCAAAGGCUAAGGCAGCGGCAGCAGCAGCCGCCGCUUCCUCCUCUUCCACACCGAGUGAGGAACAAAAUGGGAUUCAGGAAUCCACAGUUUCCGACUCGAAUGUAGAAAUCGAAGCAGCUGGCGAUGGACCCAAUGUCAAGAAGACUCAGGAGCAGACCAUUCAGACGGCUCCAGAGGCAAAGGAAACCAUUGGCGAUGCCGCUGAAGCCACCUCCUUUGAUGUAAACGAAGUGCCUGCCCUUAUCGAUGCCAAUGCAGACUAAACCCUGCCGACUGUUCGAUUGUACUCCCAUUUAGGAAGGGAUUUAAGCCUUCCAUUCAAUGCAUUUCAUGUCAUUCAUGUCUCAACACAAAAUUGUCAACAAUUAUAAUCAACAUGAACAUAA